AUGGUAGAACGAUUUCAUCGACAACUCAAGGCAGCCAUAAAAUGUCAUCAAACAACAACCUGGUCAGAAGUCCUUCCAAUAGUUCUCAUGGGCAUCAGAGCAGCCUGGAAAGAGGACUUGCAAGCAACAUCAGCCGAGAUGGUUUUCGGAGAGCCAAUACGCCUACCCGGACAGUUCCUGUGCGAACAGAAGAUCGACAGCGAACCGGACGACUAUAUAGGCAACUUACGGAAAGCCAUGCGCAACUUACAACCAACAGUGAAGAGGCACGGACAAAAUCCUAUAUUCCUGUUCAAAGACCUCGCAGCUACAUCACACGUUUUUAUCCGCCACGACGCAACACAGACAGGAACACUACGAUCACCUCACGACGGUCCAUACAAAGUUCUAAAUCACGGCGAGAAAACCUUCAAAGUAAAAAUCAACGGCCGGGCAAUCAACAUUUCUAUAGACCGGUUGAAACCAGCAUACAUCCUUCAAGACGAAGAUGAGUUAAGCAACGACACACAGAACGAACCUCAGCAGCCUGCACCAGCACAAAGACGGUCAAGCAGAGCUACAAAGCCAGUAGUUCGUUUUCAACCAGGACUUACCCACAACCAGGGGGGUCCUGUGGCGGUCAAAAAGACCACCACCAAAAAAUAA